CUGCCUCUCCCUGCUUCACUCCCCCCCCCCUCCAACCGACGUUGCCGACGCGCGUCGUGUCGCACGAGGCUUCGUCUCGAGGCUGUGUGGGAAGCGAGCGGCUUUUCCCUUUAACGCUCCCCGCAUUUCUCCUCAGCGCGCCCCGCCCCGCGCUCCGUUCCCGCGCCUUCAGGCGACAAGGCAGGAACGUCGCUGUCGGGCUGGGAGAGGGGGAGGAAGACGAAAGAAAGGGGGGGGAAAGGAGAGAAAAAAGAGAAAGAGCGGGAGGGGGAAGAUUCGGGGAGGAAGAUGAGGAGUCCCUUCCCGUGAUUCCCGCUAUUGUCGUCGUCGUCGUCGUUGUCGUUCCCCCCGCCCGGCUCCCCUUUCCCUCCUCUUAAUUCCGCGAUGCGAUGGGUUAGGCGGCUCGUCGCCAGCAGCGGAGCUGAGAGAAGAGCAGCCGAGCGAGGCAGCCACGAGAGGCGGCGGCGGCGGCGAGGCCUUGUUGAAGCGCGGGUGGCGGAAGCGGCGGCUGCUGGUGGCGGCGGCGGCAGAGGAGGAGGAAGCCGCCGGCGGGAGCUGCUUUGCCCCACGGUCCCCUCCAUGGACAGCGGGUUGGAAUUAUGAGCCGGCGGGAGCUGCUGGCGCCCGGGACUCGCCCUCACCCCAAGGGGUUUUCUCCCGCUCUGCGCUUCAGGGUGCCGGCGGGGCUCCUCUCUCACCAUCGGCACCACCAUUACUAUUACAGCGCGCGACACCCCGACGCUUCGCCCCCUCAGCCCGGAGCCCCCGGCCCUUCCGCCGCCUCGCCAGGGCUCCCCUGGCCCGGGCGCCCGGCGACCUCCUCCUCUCCGGUCGCAAGCAGGGGGCGCCUUCGGUUGGAGUGAGAAGCCCCCCACCCCCAAAUACUGCCCCUCACUCCGCCCCGCCAGAGCCCAACCGACACCCCUCACCAACUACCGCCCCCGGCUCUUCCCCUUAAGGCUCCUCCGUGUUGUGGUGCCCCCCACCCCGACCCCAUUCCUCCCCCACCUAGUGCGGGCUCCCCCUUCCGUUUCCCUCGGAAGAUCCUUCUCCCUCCCCAGAAACCAUUACUGCCCGACUCCUUGCCCCCUUUCCUCACCACUGAGCAGGUGAGAGGGGUUGUGUGUGCGGAGAAGGAGGGGGGACCCUUUAUUGUUGCUCCCCUCCCAUCUCACCCAAAGCAAGCCCCCUUUCCCCCCUUCACGGACGCUGCUGAUCCUUCCCCUUCCCUCCCCAGCAGGGCAUUAAUUAGGUGGCCGAUUGAUUCCCAAAGUAUAUUGAUUUGUAUGUAUUUCACUCCGCGGCAGCGGCGGCUCUUUGCUCCGCUGCCCCCGCCUGAGUUAGCCCAGUGUUUUCCAGUAUAGAGUGUUGCUGAAGCUCCGUCUACCAAAUAUGUCGGCUCCUGUUGGGCCCCGGGGCGGCCCUGCGCCUCCUCCUCAGCCGCCUCCACCUCAGUCCGAGAUGCCCGACCUCAGCCACCUCACGGAGGAAGAGAGGAAGAUCAUCCAGGCCGUCAUGGAUCGCCAGAAGAAGGAAGAAGAGAAGGAGCAAUCCGUGCUUAAGGUGAAAGAAGAACAAAAACCACAAGCGACACAGUGGUUUCCCUUUAGUGGGAUCACUGAGCUGGUAAAUAACGUUCUUCAGCCACAGCAAAAACAACAAAAUGAAAAGGAGCCCCAGACGAAAUUGCAUCAACAGUUUGAAAUGUAUAAAGAACAGGUGAAAAAGAUGGGUGAAGAAUCACAGCAACACCUGGAGCAGAAGGGUGAUGCUCCAACGUGUGGUAUCUGCCACAAAACGAAAUUUGCCGAUGGCUGUGGCCAUAAUUGUUCAUAUUGCCAAACUAAAUUCUGUGCACGUUGUGGAGGAAGAGUGUCAUUACGCUCAAACAAGGAGGAUAAAGUGGUAAUGUGGGUAUGUAACUCGUGCCGAAAACAACAAGAAAUCCUCACAAAAUCCGGAGCCUGGUUUUAUAAUAGUGGAACAAAUACACCACAGAAGCCUGAUCAAGAAGUUUUUAGAGGGCUGCGUAACGAAGAAGCACCUCAGGAGAAAAAAGCAAAGCUGCAUGAGCAAUCCAUAUCAGGGUUGGAACGAGGUAGAUCUCAAGGGCUCACAAGGCAAGACUCCAUAAACGGCUCAGGAGGGAAAGGAGCAGGUGACACGGCAGACAGAAAAAGAAGCCCAUCAAUACCCAGAGAUCAGAACAGGAGAUUCAAUCAACAGGAGGAGAGAGACGACUAUUCACAGUAUGCAACAUCAGACAGUGCAAUGCCAAGAUCACCAUCAGAUUAUACAGACAGACGAUCACAACAUGGAUCUCAGUUAUAUGAAGAAGCUGAACUUGAUGACUACAGGGAUUCGAACAGGAGAAGUCGCAGGCGUUCGAGGGAAUAUCCUUUAGAGGAAGAUGAUGUGCAGAAUAGAGAGGACUAUGAGAGGCAACGGCGGGAAGAGGAGUACCAAGCACGAUACCGAAGUGAUCCUAAUUUGGCUCGUUAUCCCGUCAAACCACAACCAUAUGAGGAACAAAUGCGUAUUCAUGCUGAAGUGUCCCGCGCGCGUCAUGAACGAAGGCACAGUGAUGUGUCUUUGGCAAAUACUGAACUGGAAGAUUCCCGGUUAUCUAUGAUGAGAAUGGAACGGCCAUCACGGCAAAGGUCUGCAUCUGAACACAGAGCUGCCAUGGACCAAUGUUCAUAUUCAAUGGAAAGAACUCAGGGACCAAGUCCCAAUCGGCAAAGAAACACAAAUCACAGCCCUCCAACACCUAGGAGGAGUCCCAUUCCUUUUGAUAGGCCAGAUAUGAGGCGAACUGAUUCAUUAAGGAAACAGCAUCAUUUGGAUCCUAGCUCAGCUGUACGGAAAACAAAACGUGAAAAAAUGGAAACCAUGUUAAGAAAUGAUUCACUAAGUUCAGAUCAGUCUGAAUCAGUUAGGCCUCCACCACCAAAGCCUCAUAAAACAAAAAAAGGAGGUAAAAUGCGUCAGGUUUCACUGAGCAGCUCUGAGGAAGAGUUGGCCUCUACUCCAGAGUAUACCAGCUGUGACGAUGUAGAGAUUGAAAGUGAAAGUGUUAGUGAGAAAGGGGACAGUCAAAGGGGAAAAAGAAAAACUAGUGAGCAGGCAGUUUUGUCGGACUCUAACACCUUAUCUGAAAGACAAAAGAAAAUGGUGUAUUUUGGUGGCCACUCUUUGGAAGAGGACUUGGAAUGGUCUGAGCCUCAGAUUAAAGACUCUGGGGUAGACACCUGUAGUAGCACGACUCUAAAUGAGGAGCAUAGCCAUAGUGAAAAGCAUCCUGUAACCUGGCAACCAUCCAAAGAUGGAGACCGUUUAAUUGGUCGGAUUUUGUUAAACAAGCGACUAAAAGAUGGAAGUGUGCCUAGAGAUUCUGGAGCAAUGCUUGGAUUGAAGGUUGUAGGAGGAAAAAUGACUGAAUCAGGUCGGCUAUGUGCAUUUAUCACCAAAGUAAAAAAAGGAAGUUUAGCUGAUACAGUGGGACACCUUAGGCCAGGUGAUGAAGUGUUAGAAUGGAAUGGAAGGCUUUUACAAGGAGCCACCUUUGAAGAAGUGUACAACAUCAUUCUAGAAUCCAAACCAGAGCCACAAGUGGAACUUGUAGUUUCAAGGCCAAUUGGAGAUAUUCCCAGAAUACCUGACAGUACGCAUGCACAGUUGGAGUCCAGUUCUAGUUCGUUUGAAUCUCAAAAAAUGGACCGGCCUUCUAUUUCAGUCACUUCUCCCAUGAGUCCAGGCAUGUUGAGGGAUGUUCCACAGUUCUUAUCUGGACAACUUUCAAGCCAAAGCCUUAGUAGAAGAACAGCGCCUUUUGUUCCUAGGGUUCAGAUAAAACUGUGGUAUGACAAGGUUGGUCACCAGUUGAUAGUCACAAUAUUGGGUGCAAAGGAUCUUCCUUCAAGGGAAGAUGGGAGGCCGAGGAAUCCCUAUGUUAAGAUUUACUUUCUUCCUGACAGAAGUGAUAAGAACAAAAGAAGAACAAAAACAGUAAAGAAAACAUUGGAGCCCAAAUGGAACCAAACAUUCAUUUAUUCUCCAGUUCAUCGGAGAGAAUUUCGAGAACGAAUGUUGGAAAUUACUCUUUGGGACCAAGCACGUGUUCGUGAGGAAGAAAGUGAAUUUUUAGGAGAGAUUCUAAUUGAAUUAGAAACAGCACUGCUGGAUGAUGAGCCUCAUUGGUACAAACUUCAGACACAUGAUGUCUCCUCAUUGCCACUUCCCCACCCUUCACCGUAUUUGCCACGCCGACAGCUUCAUGGAGAGAGUCCCACGCGAAGGUUGCAAAAUAAAGGCAUUUAUUCAUAUAAUUCAGGGUCCAAACGAAUAAGUGAUAGUGAAGUCUCAGACUAUGAUUGCGAUGAUGGAAUAGGAGUAGUGUCAGAUUACCGACAUAAUGGGCGAGAUCUUCAAAGCUCAACACUAUCAGUGCCAGAACAAGUGAUGUCAUCCAAUCACUGCUCUCGAUCAGGGUCCCCUCACCGUGGAGACAGUAUAGGAAGGACAAGAUCAUGGUCUCCCAGUGUCCCUCCUCUACAAAGGAAUGUGGAACAGGGGUCUCGAGGGACCCGAUCUACUCCUGCACAUUACAAUACCAUGAACCGAAUGGAUAGACAUCGAAUAAUGGAUGACCACAACUCCCCAGACAGAGAGAGUCCUUAUGUCAGUCUGCCUUGGUCUCAACACACUCAGUCCAUUGACUACCAUCAUAGAAAUGCCAGCAAGGAUCACUCAAUGUAUCCUAUCUUUUGCGAAGAUGCAAUCAGAUUACUUCGAUCCCGUACGAUGUGCCGUACCUAUUCUGAGGGUGCUUACUAUGAAUUUGAGAGGAGGAAUAGAAAGGAGGGAAGAGUGCCUAUAACAUAUUAUGAUGACACUGAUAUUUCCCCUACUCCUGAAAGGUAUUACAAUGGUGCAAGUUCAUGGGCAGAUCAUGUAGUCAAUGGUUCAGCUGAAAACUAUGGCAAAUUUCCAAUAGCUAGUAGAAGAAUAGCAUGUCCAAGGAUUGAGAUCCAACAGCCUUCCACAGAUACGGACAGAAGUGAAACAGUGGAUGUAUUGGCAGAUCAAGCUUCCUGUUCAGAAAGUGAAUAUAUAGAACCAGAAGAAAACAUGAGGAAUUGGGGACCUAGACUACCAUAUCAAAGAUCCAGAUCAACAGAACAGCGUCCUGUGGUAGAGCGGCCCAGCCCCCGCUCUCGAUCCACUGAGCGUCCUGACUCAAAUCUCAUGAGAUCGAUGCCUUCAUUAAUGACGGGAAGAUCUGCCCCUCCCUCACCUGCCUUAUCGAGGUCACAUGCUCGUACGGGGUCUGUCCAAACAAGCCCAUCAGGUACUCCAGUAGCAGGACGCAGGGGUAGACAAUUGCCACAACUCCCACCCAAGGGAACACUGGAGAGAAAAGUUACAUGGGAAGACCAGCAGAAAAAGGUGAAUGGUACAAUAACUGAUGACAAAUCAUUGCCAAGAAAGAAACAUCAUACUCAGCCAGUGCCAGAGAAUGGGGAUGAAGGUGCUAUGGAUGUGGAAGAAAGAAAUCGCCAAAUGAAAAUGAACAAAUACAAACAGGUAGCAGGAUCAGACUCCAGGCUGGAGCAAGAUUAUCAUUCAAAGUAUCGACCAGGGCGGGACCCUCAACGAGGCUCUGACAAUGUCUCUAACAAGUCUUCAGACAGCGAUGUCAGCGACGUGUCGGCUGUAUCGAGGACCAGUAGCGCUUCCCGCUUCAGCAGCACUAGCUAUAUGUCUGUACAGUCAGAAAGACCGAGAGGGAACAAGAAAAUUAGAUCAAGUGAGGAAAGAAAAGAGGGAGGGGAGGGGGAGAUAUUCCCUGAGGAAGAUGAGGAGAAUCAGGAUCUUGAGAAAAAGGAGGAUGAAAAAGGGGAAGGGGAAGAGGUGACAGAGAACUGUGAUAAGGAGGAGAACAAAGAAGCAGAAGAGAAUGAAGGGACCCAAGAUGAGCAAACUGAGGAAGGGACAGAAACAAAAAAUAAAGAGGAUUUGCAAAGGCGAUACUCACAAGAUGAUCUCAGUGUCUUUACAUCCAAAAUGCAAAGCAGACAGAUGGGCGCUUCAGGACAGAACAUAACUAAGAGCACCAGCAUCAGCGGGGAGAUGUACACACUAGAGAAGAACGAUGGCAGCCAAUCUGACACAGCAGUGGGCACUGUGGGGACAGGUGGCAAAAAGCGGCGCUCCAGCAUUGGUGCAAAGAUGGUUGCAAUCGUGGGCCUUUCGCGGAAAAGCAGAAGUACCUCCCAGCUCAGCCAAACCGAAGCAGGUGGCAAAAAGUUAAAGAGCACAGUCCAGAGAAGCACAGAAACUGGGUUGGCUGUGGAGAUGAGAAACUGGAUGACACGUCAAGCCAGCCGGGAAUCCACAGACGGCAGCAUGAACAGUUACAGCUCAGAGGGGAAUUUGAUUUUUCCUGGUGUGCGAUUGGCUGCGGACAGCCAGUUCAGUGACUUUCUGGAUGGACUUGGCCCUGCACAGCUUGUUGGUCGCCAAACACUGGCAACACCGGCAAUGGGCGAUAUCCAGGUUGGAAUGAUGGACAAAAAGGGACAGUUGGAGGUGGAAAUAAUACGAGCCCGAGGCCUUGUUGUAAAACCAGGUUCAAAGACACUGCCAGCACCAUAUGUAAAGGUGUAUCUAUUAGAAAAUGGAGUCUGUAUAGCCAAAAAGAAAACAAAGGUGGCAAGAAAAACGCUGGAACCUCUUUACCAGCAGCUGUUGUCAUUUGAAGAAAGUCCCCAAGGGAAAGUUUUACAGAUUAUCGUGUGGGGAGACUAUGGACGCAUGGAUCACAAAUCCUUUAUGGGAGUGGCACAGAUACUUUUAGACGAACUGGAAUUGUCCAAUAUGGUGAUUGGCUGGUUCAAACUUUUCCCCCCUUCAUCCCUAGUAGAUCCAACUUUAGCCCCUCUUACGAGAAGGGCUUCCCAGUCGUCUCUUGAAAGUUCAACAGGACCUUCUUAUGCUCGUUCAUAGCAGCUGUGAAACUGUUGUCAUAGCAACCAGCGUUACAAAAAAAAUUAACAGGUCGCAAACCCUGGUAACACUGCAUGCUUAAUGUUGUGUCUUCGGAGCCUGUUUCUAGGGCUACAAAAGCGAUCCUGUGUUCUCAGAGGAAGUUGCACACAUUGUGCUCUAAAGGAAGUCCUCAGGUGAAGGAGUGGAGCUGGAAAGAACUGAAUGGUUUGGAGUUCAGUGACACUCAAGUUUUAGUCCAAUCUGAAGCCAUGGAUUAAACUCAAAGAAUCAAGCUGUCUCAUGCAACAAGAAUCCCUUUCAAUGCCACAUCUAUUUUCUUGCUCCCUUUUCUUUAUCUGCCCCUUCUCCUCGUCCCCACCCAAGCCUGGUUAUGCCACAGAAAUAUGGAGCUACCCAAAGAAGCUAUGCCGCAAUCGGAAGGAGGGAAGAAAAGAGCCAUUAAAGGAAUGCCAGCUGUCAUAGCAGUUAUUUGCAGCAGAGGAACCUUGCCUUAUCAGAAAGGUUGAAGUCUUAUAGUGGCAGGCUUCAUAACUCCAGCUACUGCUGGAGUCAACUCCAGUGCGUGGACUCUGAAAAAUAAAAUUCUGUGGCUAUACUGUACUGUAUGAAAUUAAAGAAACUUUUUUGCAUGGACACAGAUUAUGCUGAACACUUAAAUUAUUUUCUUGGGGCUGCAACUUGCAAAAAAAAAAAAAGAAUAAAUCAGCCAUUUUCAACAAUUUAUAUUAUUUUUAAAAAUAAAUUUCACUAGUGCAUGGUUUUAAAAGGGAGAGAAUGCAACAGGGUGGUAAGACACACCAAGUUUAUCAUUCUUUAAACCAAUCAUGGUCUGUGUUUUGGCAGACAUAAAUGAAAAACAAAUAAUUUCUAGCAAAUAUUUAAAAUUACGUUUAUGUGACAAGAAAUAAGUGUAAUAUAUUAAAUUUAUUUAAAUGUAAAAGGUACAAGCCUUGUAAAGUUCAACGAUAUGUGCAAAUUGUAUACUUCUUUUCCCCUUCUUGUCUACACCUCUCUCCUUUUGCUCUCUCAUUCCCUUCCUACCUCCCAGGAUGAUCAUUAUACUCUGAAAACGCUACUUUUUGACUUAACUACUCUCAUGCCCCAUAUUUGGUUCAGGGUUGCAGAUGAUUCUGCAUUUCUGAAAUCUUUGAGAGGAACAGAAUAUUGUUUAAGAACUUUUUUCAAGCAUGUUGAAAAGAAUUUUGCAACAUGGCUUGGGGAGUACAUUACAAUAAUUCAGCAUGUAUUUGAUAAAAAAAUUUGAACUUUUUGCAGUUUAUUGUACAGUGCAUGGAAACUUCUUUUCUUUUUUUGUCACCUUCAAAUUAAAUUCUACAGCAAAAUACUGGAAUCAUGUGGCCAUUUGUAAAAUGUCUUCAAUAAAUUUGUUUUCAGCACCAGCAUCAUUCA